CACGCCCAGGGAAGUUGUGUCGAUCCUGUGAUCGGUCACGGCUUGAUCAUUCCUUGAGAAAGAAGCUCUACUUACAGAAGCAUGGCAUCUGAAAAGUGUUUCGCCAACGGUUCCUCAGCCCCUGGUCCAGUGCCCAAGGGACACAUCAGGCUGUACAGUAUGAGAUUCUGUCCAUUUGCUCAGAGGACCAGACUAGUGCUACAGGCCAAGGGAAUCAAGCAUGAAACCAUCAACAUUAACUUAAAAGACAAACCUGAUUGGUACUUUGAGAAGAACCCUCUCGGUCUUGUUCCAACUUUGGAGACUGCGAGUGGUCAGGUGAUCUACGAGUCACCAAUCACCUGUGACUACCUGGAUGAAGUUUAUGCAGAGAAAAAGCUGCUGCCAGCCGAUCCAUUUGAGAAGGCCCAGCAGAAGAUGAUGCUGGAGAACUUCUCCAAGAUCACACCAUACUUCUACAAAAUACCAAUGGGCAGAACAAAAGGAGAGGAUGUAUCAACAUUAGUAAAGGAGCUGAAGGAGAAAUUUAACCAGCUGAAUGAUACCCUUGGCAAGCAGAAGUUCUACGGUGGUAACUCCAUCACCAUGAUUGAUUACAUGAUGUGGCCAUGGUUUGAGAGGCUGGAGAUGUUCGAUUUAAAGCAAUGUUUGGAUGGAACUCCUGAGCUGAAGAAGUGGACCGAGCGCAUGAUGGAGGAUCCUACAGUCAAGGCCGCAUCGUACAGCCCUGAUAUCUACAAGGCCUUCUACAAGACUUACAUUGACGGACAACCAAAUUACGACUAUGGUCUGUAGACACCAGUCAAUAAAGACUUCUGUACACGUCCAGUUCUUUUAUAUUCCCAUCCUCAUUGCAGCGGUUGUCCAAAUAACAAUCUGCAGUGGUCUUUCUGAUGAAAUGUUUCAGAAACAUUCUUAUCUUUGUUCUACCUACCUUUUAAUUGCACUUAGUAUAUUAUAUUAGCCAUAGGUAAUUGAAUAAUCUGAGCAUAGUACUGAUUAUGUGGUAUUUCAUUGGUGUUAGAGAAUAUCAAUUGAAACUUUUGGAUCAUGUGUGAUAAGGCUAAUCUCUUCUUUGUUAAUUGAACAAUAAACUGUUUCAAACAACAUAUUUACAUU